CAACUCAAAGAAACCUGUGACACAUGCAAAGAUCGAGGUAGGGAGUCAUCACCGUCCAAUUCAUUUCCUGCGAAGAGGGCAUUGUGCUUUGUAUGUCCCAUGGACUGCGAGGGAAACAGCCAGAGGGUCUGCGUAUAGGUUCUGCUACUCUCUGCCUUCUCUCGCCAGGGUGCAUCAAUUCUUUUCUUUCCGGUCACUCUCCGCCUUCGGCGUGCAGCAAAGAUGCCGCCGGCCUCUGCACGCCUCACAACCGGCCUCUGCCGGAGGGCAGCGGCAGCCCCCGCGCCAACUCCAACAAUAGUACGAUUCCAACACGCACGCGGCAUAAGAUGUCUGUCUUCGGCGCCCGUCGGCCGGUUACGGCGUCCUGAAUCAGUCCGACCGACGUGCGCCAAUUCCUGCCCUCCUGUGCGAACACCCCAGAGGUGCCUGUCCACCACGCCCGCCCAGCGCUAUGCCGACGCCGAUGACUCCUUCGACCCGGCGACCAUCGAGCGCGAGAGCGACCAAGUCGACGUGUGCAUCAUCGGCGGCGGGCCCGCGGGCCUGUCAGCCGCCAUCCGGUUCAAACAGCUGGCCAACGAGGCGGGCAAUGACGACUUCAGGGUGCUGCUGCUUGAGAAGGCCGGUGAGCUUGGCGCGCAUAUCCUCUCGGGCGCGGUGAUCGAGCCCACGGCCAUCGACGAGCUCAUCCCCGACUGGCUCGCCGAGGACAACGACAGUCGCUUCACCGGCGCGACGCCCGCGGGCAGCGACAAGAUGCGCUUCCUGACCAAGACUAUGUCGAUUCCCGUGCCGGCACCCCCGCAGAUGAACAACCACGGAAACUACAUCAUCAGUCUAAACGAGUUUACAAAAUGGCUCGGCGAGCGCGCCGAGGAGGUCGGCGUUGAGGUGUACCCCGGGUUCGCCGCCAGCGAGGUGCUCUUCGCGCCCGACGGCAGCGUCAAGGGUGUGGCGACCAACGACUUGGGCAUUGGACGGAACGGAAAGCCCAAGAAUACAUUUGAGCGGGGCAUGGAGUUCCACGCGCGCGUUACGCUCUUUGGCGAGGGCUGCCACGGCAGCUUGAGCAAGCAGGUCAUCAAGAAGUUUGACCUGCGCCGAGACAGCCAGCCGCAGACGUACGCGCUAGGCAUCAAGGAGGUGUGGGAGGUGCAGCCUGAGAAGUUCAAGAAGGGCGAGAUUACGCACUCGAUGGGCUGGCCGCUGCCCUACGACACGUAUGGCGGCGCCUGGAUGUAUCAUUUUGGUGACAACCUAGUGAGCAUCGGCCAGGUCGUCGCGUUGGACUACUCUAACCCGUGGUUAUCCCCCUACGGCGAGUUCCAAAAGCUCAAGCAACACCCGCUAUACCGCGAAGUGCUCGAAGGCGGCAAAUGUAUUUCGUACGGCGCGCGCGCCCUCGUCGAGGGCGGGUUUCAGUCCAUUCCCAAGGUCGCCUUCCCCGGCGGUGCGUUGAUCGGCGACUCGGCCGGUCUGGUCAACGUGCCCAAGAUCAAGGGUACGCACAACGCCAUGAAAUCGGGCAUGCUGGCGGCUGAGGCGGCCUGGAACGCGCUCAAGGAGAGCAGCAACGAGGGCUCCGUCUUCCUAUAUGAGUACGAGGACUCGCUGCGCAAGUCGUUCAUCUGGAAGGAGCUCAAGGAAGUGCGCAACAUGCGGCCCUCGUUCCACACUCCCCUAGGCCUCUACGGCGGCAUGCUAUAUUCCGGGCUCGAGGCCUUCGUGCUCAAGGGACGGGCGCCCUGGACGCUGCGGCACGGGCCGCCCGACCACGUGGCCACCAAGCCCGCCGACCAGUGCACCAAGCUCGAGUACCCCAAGCCCGACGGCAAGCUCACGUUCGACAUCCUCACGAGCGUCUCGCGCACGGGGACCAACCACGAAGAGGACCAGCCGGUGCAUUUGCAGGUCAAGGACUGGGACAAGCACACGGCCGAAACGUACCCGGCCUUCCAAGGGCUCGAGAACCGUUUCUGCCCGGCGGGCGUGUACGAGUACGUUGAAGAUGCGUCAAAGCCGGAGGGCGUGCGGUUCCAAAUCAAUGCGCAAAAUUGCAUCCACUGCAAGACGUGCGACAUCAAGGCGCCCCAUCAGGACAUCAACUGGCAGGUGCCCCAGGGCGGCGAGGGUCCCAAGUAUUACAUGACAUGAUCCUGGAUAGAGGCGGAUGGUGCUGCAGCAUCAAUGCAGAGGGUGGCAUGAUUCUGCUUUGAGGGAUACGGUGACUGGACACAAGCUCUAGGGGUUUAUGGAUGUGCCGUUUUCCCUUAACCUCGUUUUUUGACGAUAGCGGGAAGUGUUCGAUCUUUCGAAACCCUUUCUCGUCGAAGGAAAACGUGUCAGAAGUUUAUGGGGGCGAGAACACAACGUCAAGUGUUAGCGGUGUUUGUCUAAAAACAUGAGAAGGGGCAUGGCAAAGAAAUGUAUUGAGCUCCCAAAUUAGUAUGCUGUAUAUAGCGACAAAUCAAUGUCUAUAGGCAUGAAACUGCUGAG